AUGCAGGCUUGCCUCUGUUUUGGCCUCCUCUCAGCACUGAUAGCCAGUGGUAUUGCUCUGAAAUGUGAAGUUUGCAUCGGUCAAGGUCACAACUGUUCCGGUAACAUAGAAGUAUGUCCUCCAGAACAUUUUUGUGGUAUUACUGCAUUUGAAAGUGUAUUGGAAGAACUUCAGGCUCAGGGGAUUAUUAAAAGCUGUGUUCCAUCAAGUGUCUGUGAAGGUGGUUCUGCUCACAUUAAUCUGGGUAAAAAAGGAAGAUCAAGGACAAGUGUUUUUUGCUGUAAGCACGAUGUCUGCAAUACAGAUUUUCCAGUCAAAAUGCCAGAACUAGAUACCAAGGUCAAUGGUCUUCGGUGCCCAGCCUGCUAUGCUUCAUUUCCUGAAUCUUGUAAGGAUGACACUGUUGAUUGUGUUGGAUCGGAGUCUCAGUGCAUUGAUUUGGCUGGAUACAUAGAUUUUGAUGAAACAUCUACAAAAGUUGCCAUGAAGGGCUGCACUACCCAUGCUGUCUGUGAUGCUACCAUUGGAGGUGCGGCAACAUUUAGCCAGGCCACUUCAGCAAUCACCAGCCUUGAAUGCAUGCCAGCCAGUAGCACUGCCAGCAGGUCUCCUGGACCAACAGGACUCUUCUUUUUAGUCAUGAUGGGCUUCCUGAGGCUUCAGCUCGGAUCCUAA